UCACGUUAACUAACAAACAUCUGUUUGUGAAUUCAGAGAAAAAGUUGGUCUUUACAGCCAGCCUCCACUGAGUUGACAUAUAUGUAAGAUUUGGAAGACUGCCACAGAGUUCUGUACAUCUUUUUAUAAACUAUUAUUGCUUGAACUUGGCCUCAUGAGAAGAAUCAAGAUUUAUUAUCAGUGCUCCAAACUUGUACUGGGCUAGAGGUUACUCAACUGUCUUUCCAGCUUGUUUUAUUUUAGUGUUGUCCCCAUCUUUAAUAGCUACUGCUGAAUAACUGAGAUCUUUAUUAAAAUAUGAGUUAGGUGUAUUUUCAACUUCUAACAUGUUCAUUCUGUGUUGCAGAAAGAUUUUUCUCUUUACUUACCUUCUAGUAUAAUGUUUGAGACAUCCUUGGAGUUGGGGUUCUGUUACUGUUAUCUUUUAAUAGAACAUAAAGCUAAUUCCCUACAGUUCUUUUUCUGUAAAGGUAUAAGUUCUAACAAUCAUCACCAUCCCACCUCUCUCUCCUUGGAGACUGAGGGAUUUGUAUUUUCUUUCACUGACAGGUUCACAGGAAUCUCUGAGGUUCCACUGGAAGAAGCAGUAUGCAAUUCUCCAUUCUGAAGCUGAUGGCUUUUGAAUUUUGAGCUAUAUUACUUUCUCACUAGUCUCUAAGUAAUAGUAUCAAUUUUGAAUAGUGAUACUUUUAUAAAUGGUACCUUCAGAGAACAGAUAAGUAUUUUUUUUCUCUGACUUGUGGAAAUUAAAUCUUCCUCAGUUUUCAUCACAUUAAGUUGAUAGCAAAUGUAAUUUUAAGAACAAUAAAAAUCUCUCUUUUCUGGAGACCAGAGUCUAUUGGUUCAACAAGUGGAAAAAAUUGACUUCUACUAGAUCAAUGUACCUUGUUUUCCUGUAUGGAAUAUCAAACAGAUGAUUAAAUUAACACAAGAACACAUAGAGGCACUGCUGGACAAGUUUGGAGGAGAGCAUAACCCACCAUCAAUAUACUUGGAGGCCUAUGAAGAGUACACCAGCAAGUUAGAUGCUCUACAACAAAGAGAACAGCAGUUAUUGGAAUCCAUGGGGAAUGGAACUGAUUUCUCUGUCUCCAGCUCUGCUUCAACAGACACAGUUACAUCAUCUUCCUCCUCUAGCCUCUCUGUAGCACCUUCAUCUCUUUCGGUUUAUCAGAACCCCACAGAUAUGUCAAGGAAUAACCCCAAGUCUCCACAAAAACCUAUUGUUAGAGUCUUCCUACCCAACAAACAGAGGACAGUGGUUCCAGCAAGAUGUGGGGUGACAGUCCGGGACAGUCUAAAGAAAGCUCUGAUGAUGAGGGGUCUUAUCCCAGAAUGCUGUGCUGUUUACAGAAUACAAGAUGGAGAGAAGAAGCCCAUUGGCUGGGACACUGACAUUUCCUGGCUCACAGGAGAAGAGUUGCACGUGGAAGUCUUGGAGAAUGUGCCGCUUACCACACACAAUUUUGUACGAAAGACAUUCUUCACUUUAGCAUUCUGUGACUUUUGUCGAAAGCUGCUUUUCCAGGGAUUCCGAUGCCAGACUUGUGGUUAUAAAUUUCACCAGCGCUGUAGUACAGAGGUGCCACUGAUGUGUGUUAAUUAUGACCAGCUUGAUUUGCUGUUUGUCUCCAAGUUCUUUGAACACCACCCAAUAUCGCAGGAGGAGGCCUCCUUAGGAGAGACCACCCAAGCAUCUGGAUCGUACUCUUCCGUGCCCCCUUCAGAUUCUAUUGGACCACCAAUUCUCCCUAGUCCAUCUCCUUCAAAAUCCAUUCCAAUCCCACAGCCCUUCCGACCAGCAGAUGAAGACCAUCGGAAUCAAUUUGGGCAACGAGACCGCUCGUCUUCAGCACCCAAUGUGCACAUCAAUACAAUAGAGCCUGUCAAUAUUGAUGACUUGAUUAGAGACCAGGGGUUACGAGGAGAGGGAGGUUCAACCACCGGUUUGUCUGCCACCCCACCUGCCUCUUUGCCUGGGUCCCUUACCAGUGUGAAAGCUUUACAGAAGUCCCCUGGACCACAACGAGAGAGGAAGUCAUCCUCAUCCUCAGAAGACAGGAAUAGAAUGAAAACCCUUGGUCGACGGGACUCAAGUGAUGAUUGGGAGAUACCAGAUGGGCAGAUUACAGUCGGACAAAGGAUAGGAUCUGGAUCAUUUGGAACAGUCUACAAGGGAAAGUGGCAUGGUGACGUGGCAGUGAAAAUGUUGAAUGUUACAGCACCCACGCCUCAGCAAUUACAGGCCUUCAAAAAUGAAGUAGGAGUGCUCAGGAAAACACGACAUGUGAAUAUCCUACUUUUCAUGGGUUAUUCAACGAAACCACAGUUGGCUAUUGUUACACAGUGGUGUGAGGGCUCCAGUUUGUAUCACCAUUUGCAUAUCAUUGAGACCAAAUUUGAGAUGAUCAAACUCAUUGAUAUUGCACGGCAGACCGCACAAGGCAUGGAUUACUUGCACGCCAAGUCAAUCAUCCACAGAGACCUCAAGAGUAAUAAUAUAUUUCUUCAUGAAGACCUUACUGUAAAAAUAGGUGAUUUUGGUCUAGCCACAGUGAAAUCACGAUGGAGUGGGUCCCAUCAGUUUGAACAAUUGUCUGGGUCCAUUCUAUGGAUGGCACCAGAAGUAAUCAGGAUGCAAGAUAAAAACCCUUAUAGCUUUCAAUCAGAUGUAUAUGCAUUUGGGAUUGUUCUUUAUGAGCUGAUGACUGGGCAGUUACCAUACUCGAACAUCAAUAACAGGGACCAGAUCAUUUUUAUGGUGGGACGAGGAUACCUGUCUCCAGAUCUCAGUAAAGUGCGAAGUAACUGUCCAAAAGCCAUGAAGAGGCUAAUGGCAGAGUGCUUGAAGAAGAAAAGAGAUGAGCGACCCCUCUUUCCACAGAUUCUUGCCUCCAUUGAGCUUCUGGCUCGGUCAUUGCCAAAAAUUCACCGCAGUGCAUCUGAGCCCUCAUUAAACCGGGCUGGCUUCCAGACGGAGGAUUUUAGUCUGUAUACUUGUGCUUCUCCAAAAACACCCAUCCAGGCAGGGGGAUACGGAGAAUUUGCAGCGUUCAAGUAGCCACAGCGCCAUGGCAGCACCCACUCUAUUAUUUAAGUCUUGUGUUCCUACAGUUUCUUAACAUCAGAACUCUGUUCUGCUCCUCAAAACCUAAAGCAAUUUAGGAAAAGUUUUACGUAAGCUUAGAGCAGAGCAGAAUGGAACUGCUGGUCCAACACAAGGGGGGGGGGGAGGAAUAAUCUUUUUAGGAACCCAGAAUUCUCUGCUGCCAGUGUUUCUCCUUCAACACAAAACACCACGUGUAUUCAGAGACCGCAGUGGCUGCCUGUACCGUUGUCAUCAUUCCCAGGAGAGAGGAGAGGGCACACGUGUUUUGACUUUGGUGCUCAGGCAUAAGGGGAUGGAACUGCUGCAGCAGCUUAGGAGACUUGCUUUGGAUGUCUGCCAGUUGGCUUUCUCCCUCUAACAACGAAUCAUCAGAGGCUGACCAUCUGAUGAGAGUGCUAAUCAAAAGAAUCAUCUUCUGUUCUGAUUUAUUUUUUUCCUGGCAUGCUUACUGAUUUAUGGGUCAAAAUGCAGUAUCCCCUUUUCAUUUAAAUGCAGGUAUCAAACAUUUCAAUCAAUCUACAUCAUUGACUUUUAUCCCAGUCAAAUUUGAUACUUUGAGGGGUGGGAGGUGGCUUGGGGAGAAGUUAAUCUGGAGGAAAAGGGGAUGCUGCACCAUUUUCAAAUUUACUUUUCACUUAUCGAAAAAACCUACGCUUUUCUUGUUUCUAAUACUUUCUGGUGUGCUCAGACAGGGCAUCUUUCAGAAGGGUUGGGAAGCUCCUCUCGUUGGUCCAGCAACAAACUAAAGUUAACCAAAAAAAAAAAUGUAGCAAGUUCUCAAAAUAUUUUUUUGUAUCAUCUAAUUCAAUGUAUUUUUCAGAAAUGUGAUAAUGGCAUCCGAAGUCUGUAAAACUGCUAAUACAGACUAUGGAAUGGUGUAUGUACCUAUUUUAAAAGUUUUAUUUUAAAUGAGGGUGCAGGUUAAUGCCAGGUACCUUACCAAUAUAUAAGGUUUUCAUAAACAGGAAAAAAUAGUUCUCAGGUUGAACUGAAAAAAAAAAUAAACACAAAGAAUCCCCCCCUCCUACCCCCGAAUUAGACAUUCUGCAAAUUGUGUUUUGGUACUUAGAGAGCUUUUUUAAAAGGAUUUUUAUCCUGUUAACUCAGUGUUCUCUGAUAAGUGUGUGUGUAAAUGUGGAGUAUCUUGUCCCAGUGGCAAGGUGUUAGAUUAAAAAAACAAACUACUACUACAGAAAAACGGUACUUGCUGGAUCCACGCUGACCUUUUCUCCUCUCGUUGGUUCCCUCUGUUUGACUCUCUUGUUUCCAUCCCUCCAUUUUUCCCUUUUCCACAGUUUGCAAACUAGGAUAAAGGUGGCAGUAUCCACAUUACUUUCCCUUGUUUCCCUGUCCUCCAAGCCCAGUUCUCAAAUGGUUGGUAGCUUUUUGACAAGUUACCAAGUCAGAAGACAAAUUCAUAAAGUUCAGCACAUUGUUUACCUCUAGUAGAAUAUCUUGUGAUGUGAUCUGUUUGCAGAAUUCUCCGAUAUGUGGUAUGAAACUUAAAUUAUUUGUACAGAGGCAAGUCAGACCAUAGUAGAAAGAAAUUCAAGCUCACACGGAAGUCUUCAGAGUUUGAUUAAUAUCUGCCCUAUACCACUCUACAUGAGGCAGGAGAAUUGACGCCACUAAUUGGCAGCGCUUUUCUUAGGUGAAUGAAAUCAUGAGACACAUGUAAAGGAGUUAAAUGUGUACAAGUGCACAUGGCGUUGGCUGAACAUAUUGCUUCUGCCUCACUAGGUGAGUGGGGACCUUUUCUGUGUACAGAAGGGUGUCCCUGGAGAUAUAGGUAGCCUGUUAGGUUUGUCAAUUAAUAUUUGCUGGGGUUAAGGGGUCCGGAUUAAUUUGAAGUGAGAAAUAUAAUUGAAAUACGGUGUAUUCAUCUUAAUUCCAUAAACAUUAGCCAGACAGCAACAGAGAGUGACGUGAAGUUACUACAAGGAUGAAGCAAUUCAUGUUGCUACAUGAAUAGAAUUGAUUAUGUGUACAGGGUGCAUUUUAACAAACAAACAAGCACAACUUUUUUCUUCUCUGCUGUGGGUCUUCAAAUGCUGUUAGGUUUUUUUCCUUCCUGAGAUGGGCAAGAAUUAAAAUAAUCAGUAGCAGUGUCUACUUUCCAGUGUGAAGAAGCAAGCAAAGUGAGCAGUAGUGCACAGUCAGGCGAAAUCACCAUGUGCCAUGUUAGUGUAAUGGCAGUAUACAGUGCUAUCUGAGGCAGUUGACAGACCAAGGAGGAGAAUGCUAGGAACCAAGUUGUCAGCAACAGUUGAGAAUUUUUACCAACAUUAACUCCAAGAGAGUGAAGUCAUUACUGUAUCAGUUUUCUCCUCAACCAUUUUUUUUUUUUGGCUUGUGAUAUAGCUUGUAAAUGUAGGGCACACUGAAAAUUACAUAUGCUCCUAAAGAAAGGUAUAGUCUAAGUAUAUAUUGCUGGGUUAAGAAUUAUCAUUUCAACAUACUGGAUAAAAAUCCUAGUUUCCUUCUAUAUUUUCAUGCUGGCAGAGAAGUAAUUGUUAAAAUAUAACAGUAAGGAAUUAUUUUUAUCCUCUUUUUAAAUGAAUUUAUUUUGUAGUGCUUCAUUACCUACUAGUCUACAAUAUGCUUCUUGAGCCCACAGGAAAAGCACAAGGAAAACUGCUAUCCUUGUCCAUGCAAAGCACUUUAUAAAUAACACAUGGUCUUUGAUUUCCCCUGCCCUCCAAAAAACAUGUAUGUUGUUUGACUGUUUAGUUAAGUCUUUCAGGUUUCAUUUCUAUUACCUUCCAAGUUUUUUCGCUUUGUUUGUGUCCAGCUUUGUAUCUGUACAAAGACCACCUUAAUCCUCAUGCAAAACUUUGGGAAAAUUUGAUUUGUAAAUAAUUGUUUUUCUUCAUUUCUUUUCCUUCAGAAGUUACUAAGGACGUUUUGCAUGAAAAUAGGAUCAGUUUUAAAGGUGCCUUGCAGGUGUUUGUUAAACAGUGAGACAGUAGCAGGGACAUGUAUUGAAAGCCCCAGAUAGCAAUGGGGUGAAGAAAACAGUUAACUCUUCUAAAAAAUAAUAAAUACAAUCAAGCUCUCUGUUCACACCAUACAGCUUCAACUCAUCUGUGAUUCCCCAGCUCAGUGCACUAGGACAUACACCCACAUGCUGGGUUUGGAAAUUUUAUUAAAUAUUUUUAUGCCUGUUGAGAUACAAAAUUAUCUAGGCACUUAUACUGCUUUAAGCUCCAACAUAUCUGAGCAGCUAAUAAACCUUUUCAAAACUACCACUUGAGCACCUGUAGUAAACUCCAUGCUCUUAUCAUCUAGCCCCAUCUCCCUGUCAAUGCAGGAUUCUUCCCUACAGUAUAUUGUCUGGGGCAUCAUGGUGGCAGUGAAGUCAAACAGAGUGAAUGUAGGGGCCUGAUUACUUCUAAAGUAUCAGCAUCAGUUAAAUGCUGAAUGUCCCUAUAUUCGACAUAGUCCUGCUAUUCUCAUUUUUCACAAAACAUUUGCAGGUCACUGAGUUAAUCUGUUCCUGCUUGCUUUAUUCCUCACCUGAAACCAUCCUUUCUCAUAAUUGAGUUCUUUGGCAAUUACUGAUAAUACGGAUUAUUUUUGGUCAAAUUCUGUCAUCAUAUUUUUGUGGCUUCUACUUAAGUCAGUUGGAGCUAUAUGUGCUCUUUAGAGGACAACAUUUGGCCUACUAUGACAUGAAGUGAAUAAACAGAAGUGUGAACUGUUAACAAAGAUCACAUCUUUAUGCAAAUGUCCAGUGGUAAAAACAUACUGAAGAGUUGCCUCUAUAGUUGUAUUGUGUUGUCAAUGUACACAGUGCUUUCCUGAACACUUUGAAGACAAGGUCCAUGCCCCAAAGACACAGUGAUCUAAUAUCAGUUGAGGCAUCAGUAGUUCUUGAAGGUAUCUGUGUAGUGGAGGGCCAAAUUAAGAGCUGAAGCGUGCAAACAUUUCACACCUUUCCAGCCUGCAGGUUUUUAUGGAAUAUAUUCCCUUCUUGACUGUGAGUGCAGCAUGUGUAGCACAAACUAUUCAGAGUACUGUAGACAAGUAUCUUUCCGUCCAUUGAAACAAUGUCACCAGGACGUAAUAUGAUAGUCUAACCUUUUAGGUACCUUCGUGAUUCAGAUGAAAGCCAGUUGCAUAAAUGGACUGUCAUGGCAUCACUUUGAAGAUACUGGAUGUUUUGUGUCUCAGUGGUUUGGUUUUUAUUUUCUUUAUAGAGACUAGUUUAUCACACACAUUUUCUUUAUAGAUACAAGUUUAUCUCACACAUGCACGUUUUCUUUAUAGAUAUAAGUUUAUCUCACACACACUCACACACCUCCUUGGCUGCUUUAUUAUUUCUUAUCUGGUCAAUCAAUGCAUCAAAAACAGGUGUUGCGACAGUUGGAGUAAAAACUUCUUGUUUGUCUUUAGCUUUUAAAGAUGCUAAUAUAGAAGCUAGUCUGCACCAUGAGAGCAGUGAAUAAUAAUAGUCAUAAGUGUGUGUGUGGGAUGAAGGGGCGGUUUUUAAAAAAUAUCAGGAUGGGGAUGCUGAUGUGAACAAACUGAGGAAGUGAAAGCUAGUAAUAUUUAUAUAGAAAAGAUAUCCAGAAACUCUCUUAAAUGGUAUACAUGAGGCUUCCCAAAAGUUACCUUUGCAAUUUGCCAAAUGAUCUUGUGCCUUCAUGACUUAAAACAACAAUACAUAUACAUUAGGUGCUUUGUAACUAGGGCAGUGGCUUUGGUUUAAUUCCAAUGCAAUGUCUUCAUAUUUAGAUGCAAAUAUGGACCUUUCACAAAAGUUAGCAGGUUUUGAGUUUGUAAAUGUAAGCAAAAGAUAUAUGGAGGAGAUGGGGAGGGGAAAAUUUACAGAAAUGUCUGGUGUUUGUAUCCAAAAUAAAGUUUAUAUGAAACAGAUGCAUGUCUGAGAAAAUCUGCAACUUGAAGCUACUCUACAGAAAAUAAAAUGAGUUGCAUUUUUUAAAAAAUUAAUAAAAAGACGUUUUGACCCCUCCAAAAAUCUAGCAUCUUGUUAGGGAAAUGGAAUAUAAAGUUCUUAGGAGAGAGAAAGUCAGAAUAUCAGAGCAGUGUAUGAAAAGUGAGCUCUAGAAUAGACGGUUGACUGUCAGUACCCAUAAGCCAUGUACAUCAUGGUAUACCGUUAAUUUCCUGGUCUGGGGUUACUUUGUUUAAUGGAGUAUCAGCAGGUUUCUUUAGUUCUUCCUCAGGCCUCAUAUUGAUACACUGCUAAACCUCUACAACCCCAGCCACUGUUUAAAUGAUCAUAUAUCCUGUAAUCAUGUUUACCUUGGGAGAUGAUGAGUAUAUUAUCAGUUGAGGGGCAAAAGAUACGUUUGGAUUUGAUGUGUUCAUGUUUCAAACUUAUCUUGGCUCCUGGCAGUACUUUAAUUCUAGUGUCAUAUUUCAUCUGUAUGUCCAUAAGGAAAAGAGAAUGGUCUUUGUUCUUAAUGUUUUUUCGAGUCCUUUCCCUGCCUUUGUUGUUGGUGGAAGACUUUGGACAUAAUUCUGUGCUAUGUAAAUCAGUGCAAUUAAAUGCACAAUUAUUACAGAAUAUUAGACUUCUAUUAACCCUUUUUAGUUCCUUUUAUAAAUCAGGGUGUAAUGUUUUUUAAAUGUUUUACUUAAAUGCCCAGGAAAUAUCUGGAACUUUUCUUCUUCUUCCAACCCAUGCACUGAAAAUACUCUUUAAGAAAAGAGUAUCCUCCCUACUUCUAUGAAAAACACAACUAUUUCCUUAUUUUGUGAAGGGGAGAGGGCGUGUGGUAAUGUUGGGGAACUUUUAAACUGCCUAAGUAUUUGUUUUAGUGUGUCAUAGCAACAGUAUGUUCAACCCAUCCAGAUGCCCUAACAGCAUACAUGUACUAUCCAGUCUUUCUGUCUGGCUUAUCAUACCUGCAGCAAUUGUAGUUUAGAAUAAGCCUGUAUGACAUUUACUUCUGAAUUAGUAAAACACCAAGCCAAGAUUGUUGUCUAAGUUUUAAACAAGAGUUUGUUUUGACAGAUAUUUAAUUUGGGUGCUCACCCUGCUUGAACUCAGUUUGUUUGUUUUUUGUGUUUGGGAGUUCAGUAAAACAUUAAGACAUGACAAGCAAUGAACCCUUUCUAUGUUGGGGAGACAGGGGUAAAAUGGACCAAACUGGGAUGGUGGGGAUUUUGGGGGUUAUAAGGGUGGGCAUAAUUUAAGUAACUUUGUCUAAAAUAAAAUGUAAGUGCAAUAAAUGUGCUUUUUAUUCAAAGCUGUGAACUGUUUAAAAAAAAAAAAAGACAUGCACAUCAUUCCUUCCUAAGCCUUGUUUUUCCUCCCUUCCCCCCCCCCCCCCCCAAAUGAAACCUGGCAGUGGCCAACCUGCAUGUCUUAUCUAGUAUCAUGAUUUAAUAUGUACUUAUCUACAUCAUGCUAUUUAAAAAAAAAAAUCUAAAUCCCUCUUGGUAGGACUAACAAGGCAAAUCCUGCCCCUACUUCUGCACCGCUGGAGACUCUUUUGGAACUAGUGCUAGUCUGCUAUGCUUCACUUGAAAGGGCAGGCUGUGAACAGCCCUUGAGGCUGGAGCACCGGCAGGGGGCCCUGAGGAUCUGCUGUGUGGCUCCUCUUCACAGGGAUACAGAGCCUACUCCAGCCAUUGGAGUAGCCUCUCUGAGUGGGAUGAUUCCUUCCUCUGCAUAUGACUGGCACUUGCUCUGGCUAUGGGCCCCAGUGCUGGGUAAAGGAUUUUUUCCUAAGCAACUUCCCGCUUGGGUCCUCUAUAUUCCUUUUGUCAAAACAAGCAUGCAGGCUGGCCCGUUUUCUCUUAUUACUCCACCUUGUUUUGAAGGAAUAGUUACACAUAUUUUUAAUCACUUGUGCGGUAGUUGCACAGUCUGUCCCUUCCUCGCUCAAGAUCAUGCCGCUCUCCCUAGGUUAGGAAAGGUGCGGUGGUCUUUUCUCCACAAAGGACUCAAUACCAAUGUUUCAUUAAAAAGUUCAUGAAAGCAUAGCACUCGGGAAAAGCAAGGGGGGGAUGGCUUUUUAAAAAAUAUUAUAAAGAUGUUGCCUCAUAAUAUCUUGUUUAUGAGCAACAGAAUACUCUAGUAAGGAGAGGAAAGGGAAAUACAUAGGUUUGAUAUUUUUUUCCCCCACUUAGUGCAAUGAAAUGUACAUCUCACAGUUUGAACUCUGUGCUAACUAACACAACAUUCCUUUAAGCUAUAUUUUUACCACCAGAAGUUUUAUGAGGGUCUGAAUCUUCACUGUAGAAGGUCCAAUCUGGUUACUUAAGAAAACAAUUGUGUUAGUAGAUUUCUGUAGCUGCUUUUAAAAACUACAGUGGAGUAAUUGUUUUAAAACUUGUAUUUAUUUUUUAACUCAUAAGAAAAUAUUUUCAGUUUUCUGUUACACAGACCAUGGCAACUCCUUCUUUCCCUUCCUAAUGUCCACAGUAAUUGCUAAUAAAAAUUAUUUUUCUUGCUUGUUUCCUUCCCCUCUACUUUUGUUACCCCUUCCUGCUCAAGUUCCUUCAUUUGUAUUUUGAAGUUUUUUCUCAUGUAAAUUUGUACAAUGGGAAAUAUUGUCCAGUUUGGUUAGAGAGCAUGGAGACUUAAAGAAAACAUUAAAAAUUUGAUAGCUGAAAUUGAUUGAAGAAACUAUUUCUGUGUAAAGUUAUUUAAAGAACUCUGUAUUAUAUAAAAGGCAAAAAGUUCUAUGUACUUGAUGUGAAUAUGAGAUUACUGCUAUAAUAAAGAUUGACUGCAUGGAGAAACA